AUGGAUGCGGCACAGUGGAAGGCAUGGCUUGCUCGGAGUGUUCCCGCCAGCGUCUUCUCUACCGAAGUCACUAUCGAAGGAGCAUUUCAAGGCUCUGAUCUCCUUCUUUCCAGCAUUCCUACAGAAAUCUGGACCAUGAUGCCGGCUAAUGAUCCAUCGUACACGUUCGUCGGACACGUUACGUCUAGCAAUCUGCUGCUUCAGCAACCAUCCCGAUUGUUUUCGCAUUUUCGUGGUGCGGUGAAUGGUGACAAGGCCGGCAUCGAGGGCAACCGUUAA